AUGAAUAACCAAUCGGAACCUAAAUGUGAUUGCACAAAGAUCGAUGAAUCUAAGGGAAGAGGACAUUUAGAUGAGGCGUUUACACCAGAGAAAAUUGAGAAAGUCCGUUUAGAUCGUGGUAGGACACUUGGAACCCGUAUAGAACAUUUUAGUACACUUUGGGUACUUUUAAAGGAUUUGAGCAAACUUGAGAUUGUUUUAAAAACAUACGGUAUAUUCUAUAUUAUUUUAGGACUCACUUGGGGUCCUUUUAGAUCGAUAAGCCUUGGUUCUCGCGAAAAAUUGGGAUUCAGUUUACGAAAAUUGGGCAAAAAAGGAACAAAAUGUAGUUCCAAAAUGAAGAAAAUUGUUACCCAAAUAUUUUUAGAAGCAACAAAUGGAACAAAACUCAAAUCAAAACAACACUCGUUAAAGGUUUGGAAACCAUUAUCGAUGAUGUCAUAUUUUACCUUUGAAGGAAGUAAAACGGCAAAUAAUAAGACUCAUUAUUGUCAGAAAGGCGAGAAACUUUGUCAACCAACUAUUCUCCCUUGUCCUGGUUUGACACGACCUACUAGUGCCCUAGAGACUACUCAAUCCACACCAGGACACUGCAGGCGCCUACGACCCAUCUCAAUGCGACUACGGACCAAUACUGGCCUCAUUAGCAAAGGCGGAGCCGGGGGAUUACUACUAGAUACUGGUUCCGGUCCAUCAUUCCUCCCUCUCCCUACUCCAGUAUUAGAACAAGUGGCAGCCGGUAAUUCCGAACCAGGAGUAACGACCUUAAAACUCCCGGAUACUUUCCAGCGCCCUCACGAUUAUUCAGUGCGCGAUAUCGACGUCGAAGUAUGUUUCGUUUGCAAGAAGUGUCGUUUGGCUUUCCCCGGCGAAUCACCUUUACUGACACACCAAAGACAAUGCUACGGAGGCAACCAGGAAAGUAGGGGAGCCUUUCGUAUAGUACAAACCGGGUACGAGUGCAAAAGCUGCAAUAACGAACGAUUCAAAUCAUUCUUAGAUCUGAAAAAACAUUGCGAAAGUGACUUACAUUUGAAAGCUAGUAGUUGUGGUACUAUAAUCAACAGCAAAUUGGCUUCUUUGCUACCACCUCCUUCGGAAUCUCCUUUAAGUCACGAAAUGGAAGAUGUUGUUAAUCAGAUUACUUUGUUAGCUGCUAGAGCGGCUCAAGAGUCACCUCAACAAGCUGUGGAUUCGAAUUCGAAUAGUUUCUGUCCACCAGCUGAUCCGAAAAGGAGGUUUUUGACUCCGAAUGAUGUCGCUCCACCUCUAACCACUGGGCACUAACUGAUAUGAAUAUAAACGAACAAGAGCUUUCACUAAACAUUAUUUUUUUCUUUAUUUCAUAUAAAAUGAGAAUUUAACUUAUGAUAUAGCGAUAUAUUUCAUUAUUUGGAAAUAGUAUUAUCAACUUAUAGUUUCAACUAUUAAGGAACGAACUUACAACUAACUUUCUGAAGUAACGAAAGUAUUUAAAAGGUAUCAUUUUGAAUAUCGAAUGUUUAAAGAAACAGUACCGGGGUUAUAUAUAUAUAUAUAUAUAUAUAUAUA